GCGAUGGCGGCGCCGGUUGCUGGAGGAUUGACGGAGUUUUUAGUUAGUGUGGCAGUGGCUUCAUGGCUUGCGCAAGGUUUACUCAGCGUUAAUGCAGAAAUCGUCUCAGUGUCCAUGUCAGAGGGAGAUUCAGUUACUCUUCUCACCGGUAUUAAAACAAACCAAGAAGACAGAUUUAGAUGGUAUUUUGAUGACACUCGCAUCGCUUACAUCAGUGGAGAUCCCAGUAAGACCUGCACAGAUGUUCAGUGUAAUGAUGGCACUGAGAGAUUCAGAGACAGACUGAAGCUGGAUCAUCAGACUGGAUCUCUGACCAUCAGGAACAUCACAACCACAGACUCUGGACUUUAUACACUGACGAUCAAGACCAGCAGCGAUACAGAGACCUUCAAUGUGUCUGUCCAUGGUGUUUCUGCAGCUGAACGAGAUACGAUGAAGAGAAAGUCAGUGAAGGAGGGAGAAUCUGUUACUCUAGAUCCUGGAGUAAUAAAACAACCAAAUGAUGUGAUAACGUGGUGUUUUAAUGACUCUCUCAUCGCUGAAAUCACUGGAGAUCUGACUCACAUCUGUGAAGAUGUUCAGUGUGAUGAGAGAUUCAGAGACAGACUGAAGCUGGACAAUCAGACUGGAUCUCUGACCAUCACAAACACCAGAACCACAGACUCUGGACUUUAUGAAGUGAAGAUCAAAUCCAACACAAUCCACUACAGUACCACCAACACUAACAGCUUCACUCUUUCUGUGACUGUUGUUUCAGGUUCAGGUCUGUCUUCAGCUGUUGUAGCAGGAAUUGGUGUUGGUGUCGUUGUACCUGCUGCUGCUGUGAUUUACUAUUGCCGCAGGAAAACCAGAAAGGAUGAAGGAACCCCUCAUGAUCGGAGAGGAUCAUUUGCAAUGACCGUUUGCAUGCUUGUUUGAGCAUCAGCAGCUGCACACGAUUGCUGAUGGCACCCCUUUCCCAUUUAAUGAUUGGAUAGUUACAGUUUGAGUAAAAAAAAAAGUGCAUUUAUUUAGUUUUUGUGGGUUAGUUAAUGGCUUGUGGUGAAGGCUUUCCUUUAGCGGUUUCAUAUUUAAGCAGCUCUCGAUGAAGUUCAAUGUGUUUGACUAUUAACUUAUAUAACCAUAA